AGGGCAGCCGCCCCGCCCCAGCCUGCUGGGUGUCCCAUAAGGAGAGACGUGCGAUUCGAUAACCCUGUCGACCGGCCUUGCUGCCCCGUUGUACAAUACAUCGCGGUACACGUUCCUGCUCGAGUACUGCGCUCCCAUCAUCUGCUCUGCUUGCCGCUCGAUUCGGCCUACCCCGCCGCCGUCUCGAGUCUUACCACUCUCUAUUAAACUAGCGUGACCGUCCUGCGAGACAUUCUCGCUUCCCCCUUCGCUAUCAUGUCGAAUCCUACCCCCGCGCAGGAAGAGUUCGCCGCCUUAGUCGCCAACAAUAACCGCUCAGACGACUACAACAUACAUCCCGAGGACCGCCAGUCGGCAGCCAAGGAAGCUGCACACCAGAGUGAGGACGAGGAGGACCGACACCGUGCUGAACAGAUCGAGGCCGCCAUGCGGAUGACAACUCUAGAUGCCCGCGGCGACUUCCAUCUCCCCCAGGCAUCUUUCGAUAGUGGACACGCGACAGGCGUCAAGGGUGUCAUUGCGGAUGCCCGGUCAUACGAGAACGCCCGGCGCAGCAAGUGGAAGGACAGAGUGCGUGCCGCGCGCCGCAGCGUGUUCGGCAUCGACAGCGUCAAGCAUGACCGGAGCAGUGGGGCCGAGAGCGAGGGGAGCGGCCCCGAGGACCUAGACGAGGCCUCCUUCUUGGAGCAAUGGCGGGAGAGCCGGAGGCGCGAGCUCGAGGCCGAGGCCAAGGGCUCGCCGGUGCGGAACCGGAGGACGAGCCCGAGCUUGAGGCUGUUUGGCCGCCUCGAUGAGGUCGAUGCGCUCGGAUAUCUCGACGCUAUAGAAAAGGUCGGGAGGGAGACGACCGUAGUCGUCUAUGUCUACGAUCACGAGAGCCUCGUUUCGUCGACAAUUGAGUCCGCGCUCAAUCCCCUUGUCGGCACGUACCCCACCAUACACUUUGUCAAGGUUCAUUACGAGGACAUUGAGUUCGACAGUGCCGGUGUGCCGGCCAUCCUCGCCUACCGGAACCAGGGCGAUCUCUUUGCCAACUUGACAGGACUGAUAGAGAUGCUCCCGGAUCACGAAGACUUUGACACUGCUUCUCUCAAGCGCCUCUUUAGCAAGCACAACAUCUUGUAAUGUCGAAAAUGACACAUGGAACUCUUUUCUGGAAUGGCCAUGUCUGCUAUAAUACAGGGAAGGUGUAGAUGUUACUACUGCCGUGGGUCGAAUUAUGUCCUCGGGCCUGAACCGGUUCGGUCUAGUCGCAUUAGGACCUCGGUGUUCAGUUAUGUCUGGGAUUCCAAUGUGGGCGUUACGUGGUUGGCGGGGUACGAAAGCGCGAUCUAUUUACGUGUAUGACGGUCAUGUCUCGGAAGGCGAAGAUACCAUUAUUUUCUGGCUCAUAUUUUUAGUGGAAACCCUUCUUUCGCACACUCUUUGGAGUUUGGUCGGGGCCAUUUCCUUUGACUCUGGUUUUAAUCUGAGGGGCGG